AUGUUUUCAUUGAUCUGCGAUUAUUUUGAAGUGUUGAAAGAGGAAAAGAAGCUUAGACAUCCCACUGUAAUUUCACCUAAUGGAAAUGGAGCUGCCGAAGCUGGUCGUUCGGAAGCUGUAGCAGCACCCGCUAACUCAGCCGAAGGAAAUGUUUCAAAACCUACUGCUCAAGUUGCUCCGACUCCUAUACAACAACAACCUCCUGCGCAGCCUGGAUUACCGAAUUACUCGCUCCUGAUGACACUAAAUGGUCACCAAAAAUCCGUCGCAUCGUUGAAGUUCUCGCCAUGCGGUGUGUACCUAGCUUCUGCAUCUGCAGACACCACUGUACGUGUAUGGUUUGUGAAAGACGGAAAACCAAUGCAGACGUUGAAUGGACAUAAAAUUGGCAUCAAUGAUGUAGCGUGGAGUCCGAAUUCUCUGUUCCUUGCCUCUGCAUCCGACGAUAAAACGGUGCGAAUUUGGGAAGUCGAGACGGGUAAAUGUAUCAAAACAUUGAAAGGACAUACUAACUACGUGUUCUGUUGCGCCUAUAAUCCUCAGUGCACAAUGGUUGCUUCAGGAUCAUUCGAUGAAACAGUUAGGAUCUGGGACCUGCGCACAGGACUUUGCACAAAAGUGCUACCUGCCCAUGCCGAUCCCGUAUCAGCUGUGUCGUUCAACCGCGAUGGCACUCUUCUCUGUUCGAGUUCCUACGAUGGUCUAGUCCGAAUAUGGGAAACCGCAAAUGGACAGUGUGUGAAGACUCUUGUGGACGAUGAUAAUCCCCCAGUGGCGUUUGUGAAAUUCUCACCUAACGGCAAGUAUAUUCUGGCAUCAACUCUCGACAGCACGCUGAAAUUGUGGGAUUUCACCAAAGGGAAGUGUCUCAAGACCUAUACGGGACACGUGAACCAAAAGUACUGCAUAUUCUCGAAUUUUUCUGUUACUGGUGGUAAAUGGAUCGUAUCCGGAUCGGAAGACAAGAAGAUAUACAUCUGGAAUCUGCAAACGAAAGAGGUGGUGCAAACCAUUGACUGUCAACAAGACGUUGUGCUAGCCACAGAUUGCCAUCCUACGCAAAAUAUCAUCGCAUCCUCAGGGCUUGAGUCAGACUUUUCUAUUCAUUUGUGGAAAAGCGACUUUUGA